UCCAUUACAUCACUUCCGGUGUAUAGCAAUUUCUCACAACAUCAAGCUUUAGCUGCGACUGGAAGCCAACGCUAGCUGCAUCUUUUGUCACUGUAUUUUAACAACACACACACAGGAACAACAUGUCAGAUACGGAGACAAAACCAUCAAGCCAAGAUGGGGGGGACAAGAGGGAUGGAGAGUACAUCAAGUUAAAAGUGAUUGGCCAGGACAGCAGUGAAAUCCACUUUAAGGUGAAAAUGACGACACAUCUGAAGAAGCUGAAGGAGUCUUACAGUCAGAGACAGGGUGUUCCAGCUAGCACGCUAAGGUUCCUGUUUGAGGGACAACGAAUCUCAGACAACCAAACUCCAAAAGAGCUGGGGAUGGAGGACGAGGACGUCAUUGAAGUUUAUCAAGAACAGACUGGCGGACUUUGGAACGACUAAACCUCCUGCAUUUCUAAAUCUUUUUUUUUCUUAUUUUAUAUUUUAUUUUUUAUGUAUGUACGUACUAUUGUUCAGUUCAAUUCAAACCAUCUGGAUCAAAACUGACUCUUAUCAGGGCUUCCAUUGGAGAGGGCGGGGAGGUGAACAGACUGAGGUAAGGACAAUGAAAAAGUCAGUGGGUUUCUGAAGUGCAGGGAUGCUUAUGUUGUUGACUGGAGCAAUAGCAUUCAUUGUGAGUGUUAUGAUAAUAUAAUGUUGCUUUGUUUGUUUUAUCUUGUCUAUUUGGAGUGUCAGCUGAAAGAAGUAAGGCUAUCAAGGAAAAAGAAUCAUUAAAGGAACAGUUCACCUAAAAAAGAAAAUGUUAACAUCACAAGAUGUUCGAGGACAUGUGUUCAGCUUUGUUUCAGUUUUCUUCAAAGAAUAGAGAUGGAUGUCAAACCCCUUUUUCUAAGAAUAUUGUAGUAAAUAAAAAAAAAACUAUUGUUAAUGCCAGAAUCUGAUUUUUUCUGUUGUUUGACACAAAGUAGCUCUGUACUUUCUGAACUCAGAGUGCUUGAAGAUGAUGCAGCUUGAAAAACAGAUGAAUAGAAGCUUCACUAUUGAAGCAAGCUGAGAGCAUGUGGAUUCUGAAACUGAGAGCACACAAGUCCUUAUAACCUCAAUGUUGGGGAGGCUAAAGCACAGCUAGACCAGCUGUGCAGAUGUGAGAUGUAGAUUAUUGGACGCACUAUUCCUUUAAAGUAGUCAUUAAAAAGGAAUCAGGACUUUGAGAAACAAGUUUGCUAGUUGUCAAUGAAGUUAAGAGAGGAGUUAAACGCACCAAGUCAGGAAUCGAGGACAGUUAUUUGCACACAAGGCAGGUCAUUCCACAUAUCCAACAUCCUGGGCAUUUAGCAAAUCCUCUUACCAGAGAGGCUUCACUCUGAAACAGUGUGUGUGCUCAUUAACAGCUGGAUUUCUUGGCUGUCUCUCUUUCAUAUACAACGUAUCAUGAGAAAGAGUUAGUCAGCAUUUGUUCCUCUGGAUUUGAAUCAUUUGCAUUUACAACCUCUGUCUGCCAUGUUUGAACUCCACUCAUAAAUUGUAAAAUGAUGCUAAAGUUGACCAGAUAUGGUGAUAUUUGAGAUUUUAAAUGGUUUUAAAUGUGCUUUACUUGUAUAUGUUGUACUCAGUAUUAGAGCGUGUUUGAAUGAUAUGCCACAUGUUUCUCCUGUGUUGUCUUUAAUUUAUAUAUGAGGGAUUCAUUAUGUAAUGAUAUGGCUAAAUAUAUACCUGUUAUGCAAAUGUUUUGCUUGCUGACAGUCACAGUAUAUAACACUGGGUGUGAUCUGUCCUCCUGCAGUUUGUUCAAGGGACAUCUUGAGAAUAGUCAUCUAUGAACAGUGACGUGUUACACUUUGUGUCAGCUCUUGUUUUAGAGGCUUGUCUUUUUCUUUUCGGAAUGAACUCUUAGUCUGUGUACUGUAUGAAGUUCCUCAAAAAGGUUAAGAUCAGCAACAGCCCCAAUCUGUAAAUGUGAAACAUGGACACCUGCAUGAUCAGAUGCCCAACUCCAGAAGGAUGAAAUAACCAACAGAAACAUGGAUGUCUGUUGAUAGCGUGGUUAUUUCAGUUCAAAAACACUCGAAAUGUCAGGUUAGGAUUCAGUGGAUGGAUGAUGGUGAAGCUGCACCUCUGUGAUACUUCAGCUUCGGUCACUAAAUAUACAUUCAGAGGCAUGUUAACUCUCUACAGCCAAACAUGACCAUUCCCCCACCAUCCCUAGAAAGGAGCAACAAAAGUAACUUGAAAUGGUUAACUACAAAUCAAACAAAGUACCAAUUCUGUCAUCACAGGUCACGUUUGAAAAGUUUGUUACUUCCUGUGAGAUAAAAGAUUUUUCAAUUGUCCCUAAACGUUAAACAUUUUCUGAAUUUGACCUCAACCUGACACACCUGACUGCUGUCAUCUCUUCAUUGUGCAUCAGUGAACGGCUUAGGUGAUCUCAAGUCUGCCAGAAUCCCCAGGCAGGAAGGGCUGUGAUUUGAGCCAUACCAGUGAUCUCAGUGAGGGGAAGGGACUGUUCAUUAUCAGAGGAACAUUGAUACAGAUGGUUUGAAAUUCUUGGUAUGAACUUUUUGCUUUUUUGAAUAAAAUAUGGAAGAAAACA